GCUGAGCAAUUUCACUUUCUUUUUCCUCCUCUUUGGAGGGCCCUGAAAGAGUUCUCUCUGAACUUUCCAGAGGUUCAAAGGCGGUACACUCCUCCCUGAGCCAAGUUCAGGGCACCCUCAGGGCUGUGUAGGGGAUGGCAGGAGAGGACAAUGGAUCCAGCGGCAGGGCAAUCACAGAAGACCAGAGCAAAGAGGAGUCGGCCAAGUAUGAGCACAUGUUCAAGCACUUCCAUGAAAAUAAGGUAGAAAUUGCCAGCGCCAUCACAAAGCCGUUUCCUUUCCUUAUGAGCCUCCGAGACCGCGGCUUCAUCUCUGAGCAGAAGUUUCAGGAUUCUCAAGAAAGGUGUCAAAACCUGGUUCCAGUGAGCAGAGUGGUGUAUGACAUUCUUAGUGACCUACAGAACAAGUUUAGCCUGCUGCUUCUGGAAGUGAUAUUCAGCAAAACGCAUCUGAAGGCCUAUCCAGACUUAAAGGAGACUCUGAGAAGCUUCCUAGAUGUUUCUAGCAGUCACAGGACUCCUCAGAGGGUGAAUGGAAGAGAUGCUGAAGAGAGGCCCGGACUGCCAGGAUUUGUUAAGGAAGGAAUCUUCUUUCCAGUUGGUUGCAGGAGGAAUAUCAGAAGUACAGAAGCAUCCUGUAGUCCUGGAAAUUCCCAAAUGAAUGAUGAGCAGGCAGAGGAGGUGCCUAGCCUCUCACAAUGCAAUGGAGGAGAAGGAAGUAGUUCUUGUGAACAAAUGUUUGAUGGACAAGAGCCCCAGGAUAACUUACCCCCAUCACCACUGAGUCCCGAAGCAGGAGCAGAGCAAUCCACAAGUGGAAAUGAGGCCUGUUCCUGUGUCAUGUGUUCCCCAGCAUACACGCGAGAAGACCCAGAAGCAAGGAUGGGAAGCAGCCGAGCAGAUACUGUGGAGACUGGAAACAACACUAUUGUAGGAAAAUCCAAGAGGAAGAGAAGAAAAAAGAAAGGCCACAACUGGUCAAGAGUAAAAUGGAGAAGGCCAACAAGUAAGCAAGCAGAGGAUAUGGCCUAUGACAGCAGAGCUGGUGGCCAGACAGCUCUCAGGAGAAAGAAAAUGAAAAAGAACCCAGGACCCUCUGCCAAGACCAGGGUUCCAAGAAAGCGUAGAUAUGAGAAUGUGGAUUUCAGCGCUGAGCUGCUUCCUGUGACAUGUGGUGACAUGAAGGGAGUGUUAAGCAAGGAUAAAUUCAAGCAAGGGAUCUCCACGAAGUCCAUACAGAGUGAGGAUGGGGACUGGUACACACCCCCUGAGUUUGAAAUCCUGGGAGGCCAUGGACAAUCAAAGAACUGGAGAUUGAGUCUGCGCUGCUACAACUGGCCCCUGAAAUUCCUGAUCCAGGAAAACUUUCUACCCAAUCCUCCACGAAUAUAUGGCAGGAAAAAAAAGAGAACACAGAAUUUGUACUGUUCUCCAGCUGACCCUUGUAUGCAGAACUCAGAUGAGUGUGAGGUGUGCCGGGAUGUAGGAACACUCUUCUGCUGUGAUACUUGCUCCAGAGCCUUCCACGAGGAGUGUCACAUCCCAACGGUGGAGGCUGAGAGAACACCAUGGAGCUGCAUCUUCUGUAGGAUGCAGUCCUUAGGAAGCCAGCAGAGUCAUCCAGAAUCUGAGGUACUGCAGAGGCGCAUGGUGCCCCAGGAACAGUUGAAGUGUGACUUUGUCCUCUUGAAAGUCUAUUGCUGUUCUGAGAGCUCCUUUUUUUCCAAGAUGCCACAUUAUUGUUAUUUUAGGGAAACAUCUGUGGGUGUGCAGAAAGCUAUGUGGCUGGACAUCAUCAAGAAAAAGCUGAGAAGGAGAGGUUACUCUCACGUGGGAGAGUUUGUGCAGGACAUGAGGCUCAUCUUCCACAAUCACAGGACCACGUUCAAGGUCAGCAUUCCUCUCUGCCUGCAUCUCAUCUUCUUUUCACCAGCUACUCUUCCCUCAGUUUCCGGACGUUAACUUUGGCCAAAUGGGACUUAGACUGGAGUCUGAGUUUGAGAAGACUUUCAAGGAAGUGUUUGCUAUUCAGGACACAAAUGAAAACAGUUGACUGACGUCCCCGAUGCUGCUGGUGGCCUGGCCCCUUGUCCUUUUCUGGCCAGGUCUUCCCACCCACAGCAGUGAGUGCUCUCUACCGACUCUGUCAUCCCCAGAGGAUUCUCUGGGUCACAUUCGGCCUUGUGGUCCAUCCCCCUGCCUCUAGCUAGAACCAAGGGUGUGAUAAAUUGCUGCUCUCUGCUCCCCAAGUCCAACUGAUUUAGCUCUCUCACACACACAUAUGUUGCUUCCCUUGUCCCUACUCCUGAGAGCACUUUAUAAUAAACCACAAGCUUCUAAGACUCCAACUCAUGUGGUGACACACUCCUGUAAUCCCAGCCCUUGGAAAGCUGAGGCAGAAGGAUAGCUGCAAGUGUGAUGCCAGCCUGGGCUACAUAGUGAGUUUAAGCUACUCUGGGUUAUAAAGUAAGAACCUGAUUCAAGAGCAAACAACUCACCAAAUAAGACUCAUAAAAAGACCCCAUCUUUGGAUAUUUCUCUAGGAGACUCAUCCUAGAUGAUGGUCCUAGAAGAUGAUAGUCCUAGAAGAUGAUGGUCCCAGAAGACAAUGGUCCUAGAAACAAGCCUAGGGUGGGAUUCUAGAGUUGGGUCACUGUCCAACCAAAAGGUGAUUGGUGGAAUAUCAACAGGCCCUCAGGUGCAAUACCAGCACAGGGACCCAAUUUUAGCCUGUAGAAAGGCACUAACGACUGUGUGAGCGACAGGCAAAGUGGCAUAUUCACAACUGGAUGGGAAAAAGGCAACUCUAAGAAUGCUGGGUUUGCUGGCUAUUGGUACUUUGUGCUAAUAAAUUGAUAGAAGCUACUGGCAGGCUUAGCUGCAGAAUCCCAAGUGUUAGGAAAGAGACACCCAAUCCUGCAGCUGUAUUUUCAGACAGCAGCAAAGGCUUGUUCCAGGCCCUUAUAUCAGAAAGACAGAUCUCCAGCAAAGGCUGGAUUCUAAGUUCUGGAAGUCUCUUGCCAAAGUCAGGGUCCUGACAGGGGGUAUUGAAAUAGAUAUGGGUAGGGGCUUGAACUUGUUUCCCCUGAACCUACUUGCCUAUGAAAGAAUCCCUUUGCUGUGUCUUGGAAGGAAGAGCCAACACUCUCCCCUGUCUUGCUUGAAUGAAGACUAUGUGAGGCCUCCCAGGAUGGCUCAAGUGGACAAGCCCUGGGUGUGGCUGGAAGGUGUGAGAGGGGCUACACACCAGAGGAAUGGCAAGCUCAGCAAGAAGGUUGUGUUUGGGGUGGACCGAAUAAAGAAAGCUGAAAUACUAAA